GGUGAAGAUCUGGUUUCAGAAUCACAGGUACAAGAUGAAGAGGGCGGCCAAGGAGAAGGCCAUGUCCGAACAAAACACGUCCGCCUCACAGUCAGUGGGAUCUCCGCGUCGUGUGGCAGUUCCCGUGUUGGUGAAGGAUGGCAAGCCCUGUCCCACGGGCGAUGACCAGGACGGGGCCACGCAGUCAACGCCCUCGUCCACGCCCCUCACCUCGCAGCCCCCGCCCGUACACCACGCGGCCGAGCAGCACCACGCCGACCACCACCACACGCCCACCUCCUACUCCGGCUCCGUGCAUCUCUCCGGCUCCCAUGUGAUUAGUGACCUGGGGGGCGGCUGCUCUUCCCCCAUGAUGACCGAGCCUGUUGUGGUAAGCGGCGUCUCCUCUGCCUCCGCCGCCUGCCUGCCGCCCGUGUCCUCCAUCAGUGGGGACUACGCCCGCAUGACGCCGCCCACACACCACAUGGUCACGCCGCCCGCCACCCCGCACAACCCGCCCAACAUGUGUUACUUCCCUUUACAAAGCCGCACCUGGUGAACCAACAAUCCCGCCCAAUAUUUCUAGUUCCCGCCCAUUAGUUCCUGCCCGAUAGUACCUCAGGUUCCUCCCCCCCACGCCCACCCUAGCACGCCCACAUCUGUCCCUUCCUCCCAAGCCCAUACACUUCAAAGGCGCCCAUUCCUCAUUCCCUGAUUUUUGUGUAGUUUAGUUCAUAUUUAUUAGUUUUUUUUCAUGAUGUAUUAAGUUCUUUGCCUCCUCUUCCUCUUCCUCUUCCUCUUCCUCCUCCUCCUCCCAUCUCUCUCCUCUCCUUGCCAUUAAUACACAUUUCCUUUAAAAUUUAGAGGAUUCAAGUCCAAGUUAACAAUGAACACAAGUGAACACGUGUGAAUCUAUCCCAUUCGAACCCCGUCCUGCCCCGACCUUCUCCCCCUCCACCUGCCCCUCCACCUCCCUACAACUCCUCCCCUCAGCCGGCACCACACACACAAAGCGGUGGACGCAAAUCAAGUCCUUAAAGUCCGUGUUGGGUUGAGUUGAAGCACCGAGACUUAACACAGUGUUCCGAAGCGUCAGUGGCAGAAAUGAGGCUUCGAAAAGUUGCUUCACUUGUGUGUGUGUGUGUGUGUGUGUGUGUGUGUGUGUGUGUGUGUGUGUGCCAGCCUUCACAUUUACGCCAAGAAUAAUUGAAUUUGUCUUUUUUUUUUUAUUUAUUGAUUUCUUUAGUCUAAGAUAAUUAAUUGUGGAGGUAAGAAAAUGUCAAAAAACACUAAAAAAAAAAUGUCCCUUUAACAGACGAGUGAUGGACACGCUGCCUGUGUCCACGUGUAUCUGUGUAUGCCCAUGUCAGUUAGUUUUGUACACUAUCUACUUAUACAUAAAUACACAGAGUAGAAAUACCAUUGUUAAAAAAAAAAAGUAUCUAUAGUUGUCACGUGAUCGCCGAACGACCUUGUUCCUCUGUUAGUCCUAAUGCAGUAAGUCACCUUCGACCAUAAGGUUAAGUAGCUGUAAGGCAGGUGAGAUGACAGCAGACACGUCUGCGGCCAGGCGUCAAUGCACGCACUCCACUCCAGCGCAUCUAGUUUCUCUCAGUCUAGUCACUUGACAUGUUGGCGAUCCGUCACUGCAACACUAAAUGACUGGCAGCCCGUCACCGGACCAACGAGUGAGGGAAGACGCUUUGUGGCGCAGGAGUGAGUGCAGAGUGUUACUUGACAACUGUCCUGGGCGUCCUGCUCCUCGCCAGGCCGGGCAGCGGGAGGACCGGUGCCCGCGUCUGGUGGAGAGAACCUUAGUGGAGCAAAUACGCAAGUCGCCAAAACUCACAUCCACCUGGUCGAGUCCACACCUGAGACUCGAGGCUCAAGGCCCACAGAGACCCGCCUGACGGAGCCCUGCCGAGGGGGUCCAGGGCGGGGGGAGGCGGCACUCGAAGCGCCUUGUUAUGCCUUAUCUCAGUGUCCCUCCUCGCAGGGUCGGCAUUAGCGGGAGUAGUAGUGGUAGCGGCAGUAUUGUGAUGAUAGUGGUAGUAGCGGCUGUAGUGGUAGUGGUAGUGGUAGUGGUGAGUGUGGUGAGCGUGUCCCUCGUGCCGACAUGAUCCUGUGCGGUGGUGGCCACGAGGAACGAACGAACGAACACACCCCGAUGCGGAUCGGAGGGGUAGAGGGAGGGAAGGGAGGGAGGGAGAGUGUUUCUAGAAGAGAGAUAAGAAGAGGGAGAGGCGAGGGAGAGUGUAGGUGAGAGGGGAGCUGUGCCCCUCAGCAAGGUGUUCCUGCCUGGCCACGGCGCUGCGCCACACGCCGAUCACAACGACGCCCUCGCAGCCACGCCACACGCCCAGCGGCGUCCCGCAGCACUGACCGUUCUUCAAAGCAAUAGAGAUCCUCAGGGUAGCUGUUUAUCGUUCUCUGCCGAAGUCUCUGCACAUCAUGCUGACACUACGACAUAUUACGUUUCAUCUUGUAAAUACACUAUUAGUGCCAGACUGGAGUUGGCAGCCGCCGAGAUAGUGUGAGAGGCUGGGGAGGCCCGGCGGCAGAGAAGCUGUUGCCGUGACAAUCACAUCACGCAUAUACUCACAAGCAGGCCUCGGCACACCACCACGCCCCUGGAACACCUUGGUUGCACCCUUGGCUGGCGGCCAGACAAGUGUCCGCGCUUCAAGCCCACCCCCAAAGGAACAGUCCCGUCACUAAUACGUAGUAAUAUGUGUAAAACAAAAUGCGAACAUCGUGCUGGCCGUCCCAUUAGUGUUAGCGAAGGGGCGACAGCGCAGCAAGUAAGGCACCGCGUCUCUGGAGACCAGGAGUCGCUAGUGUGUAUUUCAUUACCACGCCCGGACGGGGCUGCUCCACGGCGCGGCAGGACAAUGCUCCGCCAGGUCCAAAAUGCUCAAAUGCAGAUGAUAAUCAAACAACGCUUCGAAAAUGUGCCAGGGCGAGCAGCCGCGGGGCGCGGGUGUCGCGGGAGAGUGUACAAUGCCAAAGCGGAGAGAACCCUCCUCCCCCCAACCCCGCGCCUGCGCGCCCGCGCCACUCUCCUCUAUUGUGAAGGACGAGGCUCCGCUGCACCUUCAGCAAGGGUCAUACGCUUGUGUCUGCCGUGCUGCACCAGAGCACGCCCCUCUGAUCCAGAGCUGUGACCGAAACACAACUGUUACACCGUCGCUGCGCAGCCCGGCGGCCCGCUGCUGCCGAGGCCGAGCGACUCUGUCCUUGUCCACGUACAGUACACAGGCGUCACCACCACACGCAGGGGGCGAGGCUGCAGCUAGCACACGCGGCGCCUCGCCCCGCACAGGUUGGCCGCCCCAUGGCCCGGGUAGUCGUCCCGGACAAGGUCACGGCCAAGCUGCUGUAGUGUCUUCGCGUCCGGUACAUGUAUAAAUACAUAGUUUUAUGUAUAUAUACAUAUACAUACCUCUAUACACUUUAGACAUACAUACGUAACUCUAGCACACGGUAUAGUGCUGUUAUAGUGCCAAAUGGUGUUGUUGUACAUAAGCGUAGCUUGUAUAAAAGUGUACAGACUCUAUAGCAUUGUACUGUGGGCACAUUCCUUCACCUUUGAUCCAUUAACUUAAAGUUAUGCACUUGAAGCCUAAGUUUAGUAUUUACUGGUAAGACUGUGAGUGACAGUAUUAGCGGCAGGGCCACGGGGAUCUGUCGCUGCUCGCGCGCUGCUGCUGCUGCUGCUGCUGCUGCUGCAGCCGCGGUCACGCCGGUGAUCCGUGCCGCCCUAGCCGUCGCCACACACCACCUCGGCCAUUGUUAGAUCAGUUUGACGAUGUGAAAUCUAAAACACCAACAAGUCUUUCACAGAGAUGUAGAGUAUUGCGGAGGCAGUUGUCAGGUGGCGGGUCGUGUGCCGCGAGUCCCAUACACACACUCCCUAGUCACGCCUCACACCAGUCACCGGCGCCCCGCCAGCCACGUUCAGCCAAUCAAAAUGCCUUCCUAAGGUCCUAGCGGUAAGAACCACUCGCGGCAGACGAUCCACCCACGUGACCUGAGAGGGAAGGGUGCACUGGUCCCUCCUGACUCAGGGUGAUGCACGGAUCCUGAGACCCAUGAAGUGUGACCUCCCAACCCGGGGUCACAUUUGCUGUCCUGCCAAGCUGAAUCACUAGUCGAGUGGCCAGUAAGAAGCAAGGCGCGGCAGGCUGCUGGCGGCAAGCCACAGCUAACGGGUCGUGCCCUGCAGCGCUGCAGCGGCGAGGGACUCGUGCACCUUCCUUCGGUCUUAGACGAAAAUAUAAAGGUUCACCCAUUUUUAGUACAUAGAUUUUUUGAACAAAUAAACAAAUAAUUCACA